ACUGAGCAACUACCAGUAUUAUUUUGUGCAAUUUUGAUUUCGUCCGGAUAUCUAGCAAGCAAGUGUCACACGUCAGUUUGAGCCACUGCCACUGACUGAGUGACUGCAUUAUCUAUUGCUGCUUUUGUGACACGACACACACGGCAUAUCAUUCAUUCAUCAUCAUCAACAAACCAUGUGGCCAUUCACCAAAAAAGGGGUUUCUGGAUUUUCAUGGAAUUCAACUGCUGAACAAGUUACCAAUGAAAUCGAUGCUACUGGUCUCACUGCCAUUGUCACUGGAGCAUCCAGUGGCAUUGGCGCUGAGACUACUCGUGUCCUUGCUUUGCGCGGCGCUCAUGUGAUUAUGGGUGUGAGAAAUAUGGUUGCUGCUAAAGAUGUCAAAGAAACAAUACUCAAGGAUAUUCCCUCAGCUAAAGUUGAUGCCAUCGAGUUAGAUCUCAGUUCAUUGGACUCUGUCAAGAAAUUUGCAUCCGAGUUUAAGUCGUCUGGCCGACCACUAAACAUCUUAAUAAACAAUGCAGGAAUUAUGGCAUGCCCUUUCAGUCUGUCCAAAGACAACAUUGAACUACAGUUUGCCACCAAUCACAUAGGCCAUUUUCUCUUGACAAAUCUUUUGUUGGAUACUAUGAAGAAAACAACACGUGAAAGUAAGAAAGAAGGAAGAAUUGUUAAUGUCUCCUCUGAAGCUCACAGAUUUGCAUAUUCUGAAGGAAUCCGUUUUGACAAAAUCAAUGACGAAUCAAGUUAUAAUAACUGGCGUGCAUACGGGCAGUCUAAGCUUGCUAACAUUUUACAUGCCAACCAACUUGCAAAACAUCUCAAGGAAGAUGGGGUGAAUAUUACUGCAAAUUCUCUUCAUCCAGGAACAAUUGUCACCAAUCUUUUCCGAUAUAACAAUGCAGUGAACGGUCUAAUAAGUGUGGUUGGGAAACUUGUGAUGAAAAAUGUCCAGCAGGGAGCAGCCACAACAUGCUAUGUAGCAUUGCACCCACAAGUGAAGGGAGUUAGUGGUGAGUAUUUUUCAGACAGUAAUGUGUACAAAACAACUCCGCAUGGAAAAGACGUUGAUUUGGCUAAGAAACUCUGGGAUUUCAGCAUCAAUUUGGUUAAGCAGAAAUAGAAUAACCAAGUGUUACUCUUCAGUUCUAUACAUAUACACCAUGUAUGAAAAAUGCAUCAAUAAUAUGACUGUCACAGUUUGAAUGCAUCAAUAGAAUGACUCAAUCUCACAUUUAUCUAUGUAUUCUAAGAAAAUUAUUUGCUAAUGAACCGCCGUGGAAUUUCAUACCUCUAUUUUCCGCCA